AUGAGGCUAUCAAUAUCAUGUGAUGCUUGUCGUCGAGCCAAAGUCAAAUGUGUUCAUGAUGGCAGUCCUCCAUGCAGGCGCUGCGAGAGGACCAAGUCCGAAGGAUGUGCCCUAACAGAUCCCCGUGUCGCAAAGCAGGGGAAACCAAAAGGAGAUGGAAGGGCCGGGAAUUCCAAAAAGCGAAAAAUCGCCUCUGAGCUGUCACCGGUCCUGGGAGGUGACCAAAGCUCUAGUAGGGUGACUCCUGUUCAUCUUGCGCAUGAUCAGGUCAACCUCAUCACGGCGUUGUCGCAGUCCACCGUGAUCAGUGCGGUCGAGACCUACCGGAAAAAGUUCCCGGUCGCCAACUUUCUCCAUUACCCAUCAUUGAUUUCAGACAUCUCUUCUCAUUUCCAAUCUGUGGAUCCGAUCUUUAUCGCGUCUCUCUUAUCGCUGUGCAGGCGGUUCAUGAUCGGCGAUUCCCUCGAAGAUGAGGAGACCUAUGCCGAUUAUGCGCGAAAACACCUCGCAUAUCGGGUUUUGGAAGCCCCUUCAUUAUAUCUUGCCCAAUCCCUAGUCAUCAUCUCGUUCUAUGAGUGGGGAACUGGACGUCCAUACCAAGCGUGGAUGUAUAGUGGUAUGGCUACGUAUAUGAUUCAAUCGCUUCUGAAAAUGGCGGAUGACAGCAUGGAACAUAACCCCCAGGAGUUCCACGCCUCACAAACCCAGUACGAGCAGCUGGUCCGUACUUACUGGGUUUGCUUUGCGCAGGAUUGCGAACUGAGCUCAGGAGCCCGACAGCACUUUGCCCUGUCGUUUUCGCAAAUAUCAGUGCCACUUCCAAUCAGCGACAGAGACUUCACCUUUAAUCAAGUUCCCGAAAGGAGACUGAUGCCCGUCGAUAUGAACAAGCAAUGCGCCUUUGCCCGAAAUUUGACGAUUGAGCACGGAUUGACGAUUGUCACUCGCGGAUUCGACAUAUUUGUGCGGAUAUUGCGGUUUGCGAAUGAGCACCGACGAGCUCUCGCUUCGUUGGGAGCAGACGAUUCCGAGACAUCACCACUGCAUCAGACUUGGCAGAGACUCAAAGGGGAGCUGGACGAAUGGAGGUCACUCCAGGAUAAAACUGUCCGAUAUCCCGACACGACUGCGCAGGCACAUGUAGCUCUUGGAUACGGAGAGCUUUUUGCGUAUAUCAACUUGCUCUAUUUCAUGAGUAUUUUAUUUUUACAUCGCGAUCGGUUUCUAUCUAACCUCAAACCGCAUUCCGAUGUUUUUCACGACAUGAAUGCCGACGACCAGUACGAACCUUAUACAAUCAAACAGCUCUUCGAGGCUGCGCAGCAAAUUGGAGGCGUGUUCGUCGCUGCGCACAUCAAUAUGUACGGCACGAUCGCCCCAGCACGCUACCCAGGGGGGCUUGAGAGAGCAGAAGAAGAGAAAAGCCAGAAUCUGACCUACCUCGAGCGACUGAGCAAAUUAUGGCCAGUGGGUCGGAGUUGGUGGCGGACUGUACAAGAAGCAAACCGAUUUUAUGAAACGGUGAAGAGUACCCAGACACACACCGAUUCUGGAAUGCACAGCCCAAGGCGAUUCGCAUUGGCAGGCACACUUGACGAGUACGGUGAUAUUCGCUCGCGCCCGAGAGCGAUGAGCACGGAGACAGGAAGCAUCCAAGGCUCCCACCAUACCCACCAGGCAACUUCAUCACCACACCUCGAAGGGGAUGCCUUGCUUCUUGCCCGAGAGAACGCUGCCAUCGCAGGCCAUCCGGAUUUCGAGACCGACAUGUUCCAAUGGCCUUUUAUUGACGCGUCGUGGUCUGCAGGCUUCGACGCGGGACUGGAUGGGCUGUGGCAUAACUCGGGGUUAUUUGACCCGAAUCCUCCCCUACGAUAA